AUGUCGCUCUUCCUCUGUGUCGAUUGCGGUGGUUCCAAGACGUCUGCUGUCAUCGCAGACAGAUCUGGCACCAUCCUCGGGCGCGCUCUGGGAGAUGCUGUUCGAGUAGCAGUAUCUAAUGCACUGAAGACAUGCGUCUCUCCGCCAUCUAUCAACCCCAUUUCCCUCCCUCCCAACACUGAAUUAUUUGCAUCCGCAUGGUUCGGUAUUUCCGGCGUCGAUUCCCCUGCCGCGAGCACCAAUGCCUCAAUAGCGCUCUCCGCACUCCUCGGGAUACCCAUGGGUCCACGGCUAGUCGUAGCCAACGAUACUCAUCUUCUUGCUGCCCCCCUUCGGCUUCAUCCUGAUAUCAAACACGCUAUCGCUGCGAUAGGCGGCACAGGAUCUUGUGUCGUUUCAUUUCAGCACGAGCCCUCAGGCAUGCUCAGUGAGCUUGCACGGACUGGUGGAUGGGGAUGGAUUUUGGGAGACGAGGGGGGAGGAUUUCAUGUUGGCCGCGAGACGAUGCGUCAGAUGAUGUACGAUGCUGCGCGUUCGUCGUUAGGGAUGGAGCCGUCACCCCCAAGUAGCCUCAAAGCGAAAGUGCUCGAAAGAUUUGGGAUCCAAGGGGUAGAGAACGCCCCGGAGGUGCUGCCUGUGGUGCACUUACCCGAGCCGAGUCUUACAGCAGAGACAGCUGCGACUGUUCCCUCGUACCUCCUCGUCGCGCGCGAGAAGCGGUUAAGCCAGCUUGCUCCACUCGUUUUCGAGGCUGCAUUUAAGGACAAGGAUCCCUUCGCGUUGAAUGUGUUGAGGAUCUGUGCUGGUGGACUUGCGGAUCAGAUCGCGAUGCUCUGCCGUGAGCCUGGGGAAGAUCAGAGUGUCAAGCCGAGAGCGGUGGAAGCAAAGGAGACCGUGUUGUGUUAUGGAGGGAGCUUGGUUGGCAUUGAGGAUUAUAGGGAAUUGGUAAAUGAGGCGUUGGCGGAGAAGGGGCAUGUCUUCAAAUAUGUGGAGUUCGUUGAUGAUGCUGCGGCUGUAGGAGCAGUCGGGCUAGCGUCUUUGGGGAUUGGACUCGGCGGAAAGUAG